AUGGCUGCCCGACGAGGAAGUCGCUUCAUCAAGCCGCUGCUUUACACGGCUGGUGCGGGCGCACUGGGUGUCUCAGCACUAUACGUCACAUUACGUCCUCGCGAUAUCCCCGGCACCGAAGCCGCUGCCGUCCCUCCUCCCACCUAUGGCGAGGGUGGCGUCUUCCGCCCACCAAAGUUCCCUGUUGCAAAGAGUCGCGACGAGCAGAUUGCCGACUUGAAGCGCAGCGCGGGGAUCGUGGGCAAAAUCUCAGAAAAGUCCAGGCGGCUAUUUGGUGGCAGCUCUGUGGAAGAGGCAGCGGAGAAGCCAGAGAGUGAGCCUUAUGAUUUGUUGGUGAUUGGUGGUGGCGCUACAGGGACAGGUAUUGCGCUUGAUGCUGCCACACGAGGUCUAAAGGUCGCUCUGGUUGAGCGUGAUGACUUCAGCAGCGGUACUAGCAGCAAGAGUACCAAGUUGGUGCACGGAGGAGUACGAUACCUCGAGAAGGCCGUGUGGAACUUGGACUAUAACCAAUACGCCCUUGUCGUCGAGGCGCUUCGCGAACGUCGUUACUUCCUGGACACCGCACCCCAUCUCUCACAAUGGCUACCAAUUAUGAUUCCGCUUCAGAAGUGGUGGCAAGCCCCCUAUUUCUGGGCGGGCACAAAGUUUUACGACUUGCUCGCUGGCAAGGAAAACAUUGAGAGCUCAUACUUCUUGACCAAGAGCAAGGCUCUAGAUGCAUUUCCCAUGCUGAAGAAGGAAGGUCUGCUUGGAGCUUUGGUAUACUACGAUGGUGCACACAACGAUUCCCGCAUGAACGUGUCCCUUGCCAUGACAGCCGCAUUGUACGGCGCAACUGUCGUCAGCCAUGUCGAGGUCACUGGCCUGGAAAAGGAUGCUAACGGUAAGCUCUGCGGUGCACGCGUUAGGGACUGCAUACCCGAACUGGAUGGCAAGAAGUCCGAGGAGUUCAACAUCCGGGCCAAGGGCAUCAUCAACGCCACUGGACCUUUCACAGACUCCAUUCGGAAAAUGGACGACCAAAAGGUUGAAGAAAUUGUCGCACCCAGCUCUGGUGUUCACGUCAUUCUCCCUGGAUACUACAGCCCCGCCAACAUGGGACUCAUUGACCCCAAUACUUCUGAUGGGCGUGUCAUCUUCUUCCUACCCUGGCAAGGGAACACAAUCGCAGGCACCACAGACACUGGCUGCGAAAUCACCAAGGACCCUGUCGCUGGUGAAGAUGAAAUCAAUUGGAUUCUCAAUGAAGUUCAGCGCUACCUCCAGCCCGAAAUCAACGUCAGGCGCGGCGACGUAUUGGCUGCAUGGUCUGGUAUCCGUCCCUUGGUCCGCGACCCCAAGGCUAGCAAGACUGAAGGUCUUGUCCGCAACCACCUCAUCACGACGUCCCCCUCUGGAUUGCUCACCUGUUCCGGCGGCAAGUGGACUACGUAUCGCCAAAUGGCGGAGGAAACAGUGGAUGAGGCAAUCAAAGAAUUCGGGUUGGAAACCAAGUCCAUCACUAACGCCACCCUUGUUAGCGGUACACACGUCAAAGACGAACUUCCCCUCGACGGAAGCUGCCAAACACAUCGCGUCCGCCUUGUCGGCGCCCAUGGCUUCUCGAAAACCCUCUACAUCAACCUCGUUCAACAUUAUGGCCUCGAAACUGAUGUGGCCAAAUACCUCUGCCAGGCCUACGGCGACCGUGCGUGGACAGUUGCCGCGCUCUCCGCACCAACAAAUGCCCGGUUCCCUGUUCGCGGCAAGAAGAUUUCACAGCUCUACCCCUACAUUGAUGGCGAGGUGAGGUACUGCGUACGUCACGAGUACGCACAGACGGCUACAGAUGUGAUUGCCCGUCGUAUGCGUCUUGCGUUCCUUAACGCACAAGCUGCCCUCGAAUCUCUUCCUACUGUCAUCGACAUUAUGGCGGAAGAACUCAACUGGUCCAAGUCGCGCAAGGAAAAUGAGUGGAAAAACUCAGUCGCUUACUUGGGUUCCAUGGGUCUUCCCAAGUCCAAACUUACACUUACGAGGAAGGAUGUGGAGAGUGGGCAUGUAGGCAAGUAUGCGGAUGAGGACUAUCAGCUUUAUGCUAGACAUGGUAAGUUACGUUCCGACGAACAGUCCUGUGGCGAUUUGUUUGCGUUUGGGAUCAGGCUUAACGAGGUGUUUGCAGAUAAACCGGAUGAGUUGUUGGAGAGCGAUUCAAAGUAUCCAAAGGGAACCAAUCCGAUGAUUCAAGAUGAAAGCCGGGCGAAUAAAUAG